UCUAUAUAUAUAUAUAUAUAUAUAUAUAUAUAGAUGCACUCGAGUCUCGAAGAGGAAGGUCUCGAUCCUGCUGGCGGUGAGGGUCUCAGCUGCAAAGGAGAUGCUCGGUGUUGAUGGAUUUGGCGGGCGGUGGUGACAAGGACGGUUCGUGACAGAGAGGGCGGAACGGCGUCCGGCGAGUAAGGGAGGGCUCGGCAGUGAGAGAAACGGCAGGAAAGGAAGAACUGAAUCGGCAGUGAGCUUGAUGGGUCCAGUGAGGGAUGCGAUUUUCCAACAGCAAUGGUCGAAGUGACGGACAGAGAGGAGCUCGACUGUGUUUUCUCUCUCAUGGGUUCAGAUUUCUUCUUCGAAGCUCCCAGUGACGAAGAACUCGAACUCGAUAAUGAACCAUACAAUCAUGAAGAAGAAGAUGAAUAGGAAGAAACCCUGGGUAAAUCGCAAUCUCCCUGGGACUUCGCUUCCUUCUCGGAAUCAGUCACCGAUGAGCACGCCCGUUGUAGCACCACCUCCAUCGACUUUAAGAUCUCCAAAGCCCUCCAACACCGCUCUACCCCAGUUUCCACCAUCGCUGACAACGAAGACGCCUCCGAUUCUGAACCAGACCAUCAAAUCUUUGGACCGGGUUUUUGGGUUAAUGGCGGUGAUGGUUUGGGUGGCCGUUCGCCAACCUCCACCUCUGGGAUUGGGAAAAGUAUGGUAGGGGUAUUUUUGAAAGAGUAAAAGAGUAAAAUGGGCAUUAUAUUAAUUGAGAAUUUUUUGCACAAAUUCAAAAAAAUAUGGGUAUUUUUUGCACACCUUUUUAAAUAAGGAGUAAAAGUACUAUGAAAGUUAUGUGUUUCUUGCACUUGCCCCAAUAUUUUGACUUGCAAGAGAAAGAUCUUGUAUGUUAUUUAGUAUUUGCAAAGGAGAGGUAAUGGUCCAUUUCUCAACUCAAUGGAAUUUAUACUUUUCUUAACCAAAUUAGUUUUUUUAUUACUUUAUAAGAAAAAUAAAAUUUUAGUGAUCAAAAUUAUAAAAAAUAAAAAAAUAAAUAAAAAAGUUACUCUAAAGUGAUAUAAAGUCGAGAAAAGUGCUUGUGAUGAUAUUUGGAUUUUUUUUAUUGGGUGAAAGAGUCUGUUUGAUUGGGUCUUCCAUGAUUUGCUCAGUAGUUGAUUGCAAAGAUAGAAAGAAACGAAAAUUAGGAAUUUUAAUUUUCAAAAAGUCCUAAUUUUAUUAGAAGGUUAUUUUGGAUAUUCAAUUUUAUAUGGUUUCAUGGUUAUUUAUUGGCAAUUAUUUUUUUAGCUUGGUUACUACUUAUCAUCAAAAUUUAUUUUGUCUUAUUUUAUUUAGAUGACGGUCAAACGGGUACCACUCUCAUAUUUAGCUAUUUUUAAAGCGUGGUUAAUAUUACCACCAAAUUCUAUUUUUUCUUACUUUGUUUGGAUGAAUUCAUGACGUAAGUCACAGAAUUCAUCUAAGUGAGUGUCACUCUCACGUUCUAUGUGCGCUCUUACUCUUAUUAUCUGCAUAGACUCUUACUCCCGAUCUUAUUAUAUGUGAUUUAAAUUUUAUCAUUUUUGAACUCCGCUCCGAUAGCCGCUCUAUGUGACUUUUCAUGACACUAGAAACUAAGAAUAUGAGCGGGCUCAAGCAUCCAUCUAGUACCUAAGAAUCAUGGGCCGUAAUGGCCCCUUGAUUAUGGGCUUUUACCUCAUGGAACAUAUUGUUUUGCAUAAUGUUGACUUGUCAUUCUCUUAGUCCGAAGUCAUACGAAAGGCCUGGAAAGCGUAAGGCAUCUAGUCGUAAAAAAUCAACUUCGGUCCACUUCAAUACAAUUAUGUCUACGCUUUAUAUACCAAAAGCCAAUAUAUAUAUAAGUCAUGAAUGUAGUUGGAAAAUGAUAAAGGGGAGAUGUCAUUGUAGCCAGCCAGUCAAGAAAAACCGAAAAGAGAUGGAGCUCAUCAAGACCGUAUGCCUUAUCCAUGAUUUGUCGAUUGAUUGGUAAUAUUUUUUUAAGGAUUCAAAGCUAUUAUACACUUUUAUGAAUUAACUGAUUUCAUUAAUUUACAUCGAUAUUCGUUUAAAUUUGUUAUACCACAAUUGAUACUGCAAUCGAUACCGCAACUGCGAACUAUAGUGUUAUCGACUACUCA